AUGACAGCAUCGUCAAAUCUUGAUCCGCAACUCCGAAACCAGAUAACAAGAUAUUUGCACACUGGAAAUGAGCUCCCAAAGUAUUAUCCGGGGUGUUGGACAUCUCAUAAAUAUUUUGAAGUUGACAAACUUAAAGCAAUCGAUGAAGCCUUACAGACUUCACCAAAUAAUGUAGAAGUUGUUAAUUUAAUUUUGAAGGCUUAUAAAGAUGGAUGGUACACAAGAUUUGAAACCAUCGCCUUUGCUCUGACAAAAUGUCUCCUUGUUGGAUCCGCUACUGUAAAAGAAGCUACUUAUAAAGCUGCAACUGAAAUAUGUAAUACCCCCGAGGAAAUGAUGCUCUUCAACAAAUAUACAAGGCUUUUGCAAACAGGAAAUGGCCGAGGUUGGUGUAAGAGCGUGAAGGAGUGGUAUACUAAGAAAGAUCCAAUGGAGUUAGCGAAGGAAAUAAGCAGAGUAAGAGCAAGGCAUGGGCGCUCUCAUAAAACAUUGCUUCGGAAGUCUCACAUGAAGGUUCCAGAAAACGAUGCUAAGAGAGAUGCCGUCAUAAAAUACGCUAUAUUCGGUCUGAAACGAGCAAAACAGCUGGUGGGUAAUGUUGAAGAAACUAAACCAAUAUUUGAAUACAUACAAAAAGUUGAGAAUAUGCGUCAUUGCGAGGAUCCUGUAGCUGCUGCCACUAUUGCCGCUGAGAAUCAGUUUACACUUGAUCAUGUUCCCGGCCACUUGCUAACUGCUCAGGAAGUCUGGAAUGCUAUAAUGCCCCAAUUCUCAAUGCAAGAAUUGCUGUACAAUAUCCAGCGCAUUCACAACAUGGGUUUCCUAACAGCUCACUCGACCACCACUGUCAUACUAAUCUCACUGCUUAACAAUCAGGAUCUCAUUAAAAAAUCGAAAAUCACUCCAAUCGAAGUCUACAUUACAAUGUGCAACUAUAAGAAAAAGACGAGACCAUUGAAAUUUGAAAAAGCUAAAGUAGCACUCGAGAAGCAGACGCGUCGUAGGACCCGUCAAAUAUUCGACGCUCAGAAUGAAUUGUGGGAGUGGACGGUGACUCGGCGACAUCCUAAAGAAAUCAAGCAUUGGGGUAUUGACCAGCCUCCGAACCAACUGGUGCUCGCUGCUCUCAACAAGCUGAUAGAUCAAACAUGGCUCCUCACACCGCCCACCAACAAACGCUAUCUGAUUACUUUGGAUAUGAGACACCAUAUGUUCAAAGGUCGUCAUUUCUGCAAGAACUACGUAGUUCCUCGAAAGGGUAAAAAGACUACAGUUAAAAGUACACCGGGAGCGAGCGGUGAUGUCGACACUGAGAAACAGGAAAGCAAGAAACAUUUGUAUGCUGAGUGUUUCUAUAAUAAACACGUUACACCUGGUCAUGUUGCUAUAAUUAUGGCCCUACAAUUCCUGAAACGUGAAAAGAACGCUAAGCUGGCCGUGUUCACUGAAGACGGAAUACAAUUAGUGUCCAUAGAACGAAACUUCAGUAACAUUGAAGAGGCUGAAUUUGUUUUGAGGAAAGCCAACCUCGGCCGUGUACAACUAGACGCUCCGAUGGAAUGGGCCAACAAAACCAAGCAGAACUUCGAUGUCUUCAUCAAUAUGGUGGAUCGUACCACUCGCUACAUGGAGCUCGAGCUAGCAGCGCGCGGUGGUCGCGGUCCCGGUGGAAGAUAUGGACCACCGCCCUCACCCACCAAAGAGAUAGCCGACCACUGUCCCAUCCGGUCACUAGAGAGAUACAGAGCUCAACACGUUAAAGAGGCCAAGUUAAUCGUGAUGUCUCUGGCUUCACACCGAGUGGCCACUACCGACGGCACUCACGAAGGCGUUUUGGACAUCAUAGGCAUUGAUGAACACGUGCCCAAAGUUAUUGAUGCUUUCACACUUGGACAAUUUCUGUAA